UUUCAAAAUCCAACUCUCAUGCCAUUAGAAAGAGGAUCAUGAAAAACCUAUAAAAAAAUGGUUCAUGAAAUUUUAGUUCACUCAUAAAGCUAAAGUCCGCCUGCUCUGGCAAAAAAUGCCCACUGUGCGUUGGGGGCUUCCUUUCUUUGACGUACUUUUGAUGCGCAUAUUCAAUCACUGUUAUUGAAAAAUAGGUAUUAUGUUAUUAAAAAAAGGCUAUUUGAUCCUUGAAAACUAAAUGAAAAUUAAAGUUGGAAAGUAUCAAAACAAAGCUUAAUUAAAGUUUUUAAGCCAAGGUGAUUAUAUUUUCAUAGCACAAUAAUAAAAGUUGUAUAUUCAACAAAUUUAGAAUAAGAUUUUUGACUUUUUCAUUGUCUCAUUACAAGCACUUUUAUAUCAAUCAUGAGGAGUUUAUUAUACGUAUUGCGUACGAAGUUAUUUUCUACAGUAAUUUUCAUUUUAAUGUUGCCUCAUGAUUUUGUUCUCGGUCAAAGUCGUGGUGGUUGGGAAUUUGGUGGUAUGAUUGCAGAACUGAUACCUGGUUACAGUAAUAGACUUGGUGUAUUGAUGGACUACAAUGGUUAUGGAUGCUGGUGUGGCCCCGGAUCAAAAGGCAAGAAAGUCGUUGAUGCCACUGAUUUAUGUUGCAAAAUCCAUGAUGAAUGUUGGGCUGAGGCCGAGCGCGACCACAAAGGCUGCGAGGGGAAUAGUAACUUGUGGGCUGGAGUCAUAGUAGAAGCGUACAGUUAUACUUUUAAUGAUGCUACCAAAACUAUUGAAUGUUCCAAGAAAAAUGAUGCUUGUGAAAGCGCUCUCUGUGCUUGUGAUAAAGAUGCUGCCACAUGUUUCGCUAAAAAUCGAUGUUCAUUUCGAAAGGAAUUCAAGGAUUACAAAGGUACAUGUAAGAACGAAGAAGAAGAAGAUUUCAAGGACUCGGCAGACAUCUGUGAAAAAUGUUAUGAACCGUGGAGUCCGCUUGGGAAUGGAAAUGGCUUUUAUACCGCAGGAAACAAAGUGUCAUAUGAGGGCGUUAAUUAUAUAGCAAAUCAUUGGGUCAUUCAGCCACCAUCAUCUGCAAAUAGUCAUGCAUCUUCUGAUGGAGCACAACCGUGGAACCGUGGAAAACGGUGUACGUAA